AUGCUCAGGAGCCAGGAGGAGCUAAGGUUUGCCCCGGAGACGAUUGCGCGCAUGCAGGCGUGCACGGCCGCCGGGGGCGAGUGGUUGGACGUGGUGCAUGACAUCCAGCGCGAAGUUGCCAUAGGACAUGGCUUCAAAUCUGCACUUGGCAUUUCUGCUGCUGUGAGGCGCAUGCAGACCGCUCACACGACGGCACCGGAACUUGCCAAGCUUUCGGUCUACGCCCGCGCGAAUCUCGCGGAGGCUGGCGCGCUACAACCUGGCCAGCCCUGGCCCAACGUGCCCUUAGUGGGCCUUGACGGGCAGAGGUGCACCUUGAAAGACUGGUGUGGAGAUUUGACUGUUGUGUGUGCUGGACAGACUCAGAUUCGCUUCUUGUGCGUUUAUAUCCGCGAAGCCCAUGCAAGUGAUGUAUGGCCCAUUGAUGGGCCACAGGUGUGGGAACCACAAACCACUGCACAGCGAGUGCAAACCGCUUUGGAAUUCCAGCGCCAAUGCAAGCUCUCAUGGCCCAUUGCCGUCGAUUGCAUUGAGGAUGACUUCCUUCGCACGUUUUCUCCGUGGCCGUUCCGUUUCUACGUCUUCCGCGGGGAGAAGGUCGAGUUGAAGUCUGCGCCGGUGGAUGGAACACACAGCGUUGACGAGGUCGAAGAAGCGCUUCGCAGGUUUGAGAUCUCCGGGCGCACGCAGACAGGAUUCGUGACUGGAUAG